AUGGUAGCUCUCAAGGAUAUUUAUCUGAUUAUAAGAUAUAAGGAAACUACAGUGGAUAAAAAUACAUUAUUUAACAAAAUUAAAGAGAAGUAUGGGAUACUAGGACUAGCUGACGUCUUCUACUUCGAAAUCAAGGAGGAUUACAAGGAGCUCAAGUACUCCAUUCUAUGGAUACCUAGAAACUGUCAGGAUAUGAUUAAGACGUGUAUUGAUGAAAUGGAUGAUUGUGAGGUAUCAUCAGCCAGUGGAACAAUCAAGAAGGCAAAAAAGAAGAUCCUGAAGAUGUCUGGUGCCUGA